CUCUGUCUCUCCUUAUCAUAGAGCAGUCGGUUAAGAAAAACACCAAAACUCAAACAUGGAAUUCCAUAUCUCGAACAUGGAUAGCCUCAAGUUUGAUCAUGAUCAUGAAAACAAUUCUCACAUCAUCACUAACCCUCUAGACCCACAAGAAUUCAGGAGGAAUGGCCACUUGGUCAUAGACUUCAUUGCAGAUUAUUACCAAAACAUAGAAAAGUACCAAGUCCUAAGCCAAGUUGAGCCAGGUUACCUUCGAAAACUCUUGCCAGAAUCUGCCCCCUACCAUGCUGAACCAAUUGAAAUCAUCCUCCAAGAUGUGCAAAAAUAUAUUAUGCCUGGGAUCACACAUUGGCAGAGUCCUAAUUACUUUGCCUACUUCCCUUCAAGUGGUAGCGUUGCUGGUUUUCUUGGAGAAAUGCUUAGCACUGGCUUUAAUGUAGUUGGGUUCAAUUGGAUGUCAUCACCUGCAGCAACUGAACUAGAGUGCAUUGUCAUGGAUUGGCUUGGAGAAAUGCUUAAACUACCCAAGUCUUUCCUUUUCUCUGGCAAUGGUGGGGGUGUAUUGCAAGGGACUACUUGUGAGGCAAUUUUGUGUACACUAACUGCAGCGAGGGAUCAAAUGCUAAGCCAAUUUGGGAGAGAUAAGAUAGGCAAUUUGGUGGUUUAUGGGUCCGACCAAACACAUAGUGCACUUCAAAAGGCAGCUCAAAUUGCUGGAAUCUACCCAAAGAAUUUCAGAGCCAUUAAGACUACAAAGUCAACAUUAUAUGGGUUAUGCCCAAACUCUCUAAGAGCUACAAUUCAAUCAGAUGUUCAAGCUGGACUAGUACCUUUGUUUUUAUGUGCCACAGUGGGGACUACUUCAACAAAUGCCAUUGAUCCAAUAGGCCCAUUAUGUGAAGUAGCAAAAGAUUUUGGCAUAUGGGUCCACAUUGAUGCUGCAUAUGCCGGAAGUGCUUUCAUUUGCCCAGAGUUUCGGCAUUUCAUUGAUGGGAUUGAGGGUGCAAACUCAUUUACUUUGAAUGCACAUAAAUGGUUCUUUACAACUUUGGACUGUUGCUGCCUUUGGGUGAAGGAUCCAAGCGCCUUGAUAAAAUCGCUCUCAACUAAUGCUGAGUUUUUGAGAAACAAGGCCAGUGAUUCAAAACAAGUGGUGGACUACAAAGACUGGCAAAUAACCCUAAGCCGAAGAUUCCGAGCCAUGAAACUAUGGCUUGUGCUGAGAAACUAUGGGGUGGCUAACCUUAGGAACUUUUUAAGAAGCCAUGUGAAAAUGGCCAAGCUUUUUGAAGAACUUGUAGGCCUUGACAAUCGGUUUGAGGUUAUAGCCCCAAGAAACUUUGCUUUGGUCUGCUUUAGGGUUUUGCCUUCGCCAAAAGGUAUGGAUGGAUACGAGGAAGGUGAGGCUAAACAAGUAGAACGUGCAAAUGAGCUAAACAAGAAGCUGCUUGAGUCAAUCAACGGGUCAGGCAAAGUGUACAUGUCUCCUACUGUGGUUGAUGGAGCAUACAUUAUUCGGUGUGCCAUAGGUGCGACACUGACAGAGGAAAGACAUGUGAUCAUGGCUUGGAAGAUUGUUAAAGAGCAUGCAGCUACUUUACUCAGCAAAUACUAACCAUGUAUAUAUAUAUGAUAGGAAAAAACCUGUAUGUCCUAAGUUUUCCUUAGUGCAACACUACGAUACGUGCUUUUCAUUCAAACGUGAAACAAUAAGUGUGCAAGGAAGUGGCCAUAUGAUGAUAUGCCCAGUCCUUGUCUUAGGGUGAAGUCCUGAUCAGAUAAUGUAUGAUCUAUGUAUACUAUGUAUGAAAUUCU